CGUGUCCUGAGACGAGUCCUAGCCUGUCAUUGGAUGUCAUUUGAUUGACGCGCUGACGUGGGCGUUAGAGUGCAGGAAGUUUUUAAUGAAUCGCUGUUGUUUUUGAGUCCCAGACCAUGAACUACGUGGGUCAGCUGGCAGAGACAGUGUUUGUGACUGUAAAGGAGCUUUAUCGUGGUCUAAACCCGGCCACACUCACUGGCGGCAUCGACGUCAUUGUGGUUCGCCAGCCUGAUGGCAGCUACCAGUGCUCACCGUUCCAUGUACGCUUUGGGAAACUCGGAGUUCUGCGGUCCAAAGAGAAAGUGGUGGAUAUUGAGAUCAAUGGCGAGCCUGUGAGCCUGCAUAUGAAGCUGGGAGAUAAUGGAGAGGCAUUCUUCGUGGAGGAGAACGAGGAUUUUGAGACGAGGGUUCCCGCUCAUCUCUGCACCUCUCCGAUCCCCACUGAUGUUCCAGAAGUGUCUGAGGCGACUGAGUCUCCCUGCGGUGUCACGUCUUCCUCCAGUCGUCGCAAAAAACGUCGCAGGAAACGGGCGCGUUCUGACAACCAUCUGCGUGAGGAUGCUAGUUCCUCCUCGGACGAGAAAGGAGAAAGUCUAGAUCAGGAUGUCCUCAAGGAGGAUUCACUUUUGGCGGCCAGUAAGUCUAUAUACUUCUCGAUGUCAGAGGAACCCUGCGAGGAACUGUCUGGGGCUCAGAGCAGAGACGUUCAUCCUCACUCUGAUGGAGAGUGUUCUGUUAAUGAGAGUGUGUUCUACAGUAGGCCCUCUUCUCCUAAGAGUGAUUCAGAGCUAUGCAAGCCACAGGAGUCUUUAGGACCUCAGAUGCAGUGGAACUGGGGAGCUUUUCCCAAGGUAUGUCAGGCAGAGAGGGAUGAAUCUGAUUUGCUGCUAUCACCCAUUAUGCCCUCUGACCACUCCCACUUCCGCACGAUCCAUCGACAAACAUCCUUUGAUGUGGACGCCACUGACUCUAUAGCGACGGUGACUGUGGUGAGACCAGAACCUCAGAUUGGUACGACCAGCCCUGUUCCUUCAGAUUACCCUCAUGAAGUGCUUUCUUCAUCAAUUAACACACAACUGAACGUCAAGGUCACCGAAACGCAUGUAGUGACCUUUCAGGCCACAGAUGACUGCUUGACCACACCGGAAAACAAAGAGACUGGAGACUUAACAGCUAAAACUGUUAGCAGCACAGACAAUGAAACUAAGACGUAUGAUAUAACUAGCUCUGCUAAUACAAUCCACUGGACCAAUGCUGUCAACAAUGCAGGUAGUUUAGAUGCUGACAUAGAAAGCCAAGAGACCUGUGAUGAGAAAAACAUCUCGGUCGUCUCCAAAAUCCAAACCAUUUCCCAUGUCACGUUCAGUGAGACUGAAUCAAAGCUUUUAGAAGCAGAAACAGAGAUAAACUCAGCGGACACAAUCACGGUAUUACCGAAACACCAAAGCUCUGCGGAAAAACUGACACUCAGGACGGGAGACUCAGAGGAGGGUUUAGAGAUUUUACAGACCAAUCAGAACGCUGAUGACGCUAGAGUGAUGCCAGCUCCGGAGUCCAUAAUCCAAUCAGAGGAUCAGACAGUUCUUGAGUCCUCCUCUAAAGCGACAGACUCUCAGGACAAGAGGAAAGUCAAGCGGAGUCAACAUUUGGGACCAUCUGAUAUCUAUCUAGAUGACCUCUCCAGUCUUAACCCUGAAGUCGCUGCCCUCUAUUUUCCCAAAAGUGAGGCAGAGUCGUCAGAUCUCCGCUCGACCCAUCCACCCGAUCCGUCUCCUCCCUUGGGUCAGCUGUCCCCUCAGUCACUGGGCAGCACCAACGCAGACAGCGGCACGGAGUAUCUGUCCGACUCUACGACAGACUCGCUGGACGUGACCAUGUCUCUAUGUGGGAGAGGAGACAUCAGUCAAAUUAGUAAAGAGAAGUUUACGGAGCAUCUUGUCAAGUAUCAAGACUUUGUCAACAACCCUGGAAUAAUUGAAGACCCAAAUCUGGUCAUCUGCAUCAACUCAAAGUAUUAUAACUGGGCCGUUGCUGCUCCAAUGAUUCUGUCAGUUCAAGCUUUCCAGAAGACUUUACCAAAGAGCACCAUUGACCAACUAGUCAAAGAUAAGAUGCCAAAGAAGUCUGGCCGCUGGUGGUUCUCCUGGAGGAGGAAAGAUUUGAACAAUAUUGCGAGAAACACAAAGCCUGACUCAGAAGGGAUUCAGCUUGAAGCAUCUGCCGCUAUCGCUGGACCCUCUUCACUGAAGAGUUCUGUUGAACUCUCGAGUGAUGAGGAUGGUUCUGUCUCCAUGAAGAAGAACAGUGAGACGUUGAACACAGCGCAGUGCAUCAGUCAGAUGUAUCGCAAAUCCCUCCGGUUGACCUCUGAACAGAUCGAGAGUCUAAAUCUGCGUGAAGGGGCCAAUAAUGUUGUGUUCAGUGUGACCACGCAGUAUCAGGGCACCUGCCGCUGUGAAGCUGCCAUUUACCUGUGGAACUAUGAUGACAAAAUCAUCAUCUCAGACAUCGACGGAACCAUCACUAAGUCAGACGCACUGGGUCACAUUUUACCGCAGCUGGGGAAAGACUGGACUCAUCAUGGCAUCGCCAAACUAUAUCACAAAAUACAUCAGAAUGGUUAUAAGUUCCUGUACUGUUCGGCUCGAGCUAUAGGCAUGGCAGACAUCACUAAGGGUUACUUACAGUGGGUCAAUGAUAGAGGAACUGUCCUACCCAAAGGACCAGUGCUACUGGCUCCCAGCAGCCUGUUUUCUGCAUUACACAGAGAGGUGAUUGAGAAGAAGCCAGAGGUGUUUAAGAUCGCCUGUCUCACUGAUAUCAGAGAUCUGUUCAGUCCCAUCAGACAUCCCUUCUAUGCUGCAUUCGGCAACAGAACUAAUGAUGCAUAUGCAUAUAAGGAGGUUGGUGUGCCCGAGACUCACAUAUUCACUGUCAACCCGAAAGGAGAACUAAUACAAGAAAAGACCAAAGCAAACAAGUCCUCCUACUCUCAUCUCAGCGAGCUGGUGGAUCACUUCUUCCCCUUCAUCUGUAAAGAUCCAACCACAUCCUUCGACUGUCCUGAGUUCAGCCAUUUCUCAUUCUGGAGGGAGCCGUUGCCUCCGCUGGACCUCGCUGAUCUGAUCUAGACGCAUCAUCCGUCUGGUUUAACUCCACACCAAUCAUCUCUCAAUGUCAAUCAGUUAUACCUCUUUCUCAAUAUUUCUUCUUUAUAUAGAGCUUAAUGUGUCUGUGCAUUUACAGGGAAACCUGCUGUAGCAUUUAAACUGGAGAUGUACACACACACACACACACACAAGCAAGCCUGUGAAUCUACACAAACACAGCAUGACACAUGCAACUGUAAUGCGAUAACACUAUAUUGAGCAUCUUUUCUUUAUCAGAAAUGUUUUUUGACCCCACAGAUGGAAACAAAACUCAAGAAUCUGUGUUAAAGCCUCUGUGUGCCUUCACUAUUACUAUAAUACUGAGCUGGGAUUCUCAUGAAUGUAUGUUCAUUUCAACUUCUCCGCCAAAUAAUGGCCUAUGACGGAUUUUUAUUUGUAUUUUUUAAUUAUUUUUUUUUUAUACAAAUGCUUUAUUUGAGUGGUUACUGUAAGAGUGUGAAUUUGUUUUAUUGGCAAAUACUUUAUACAACUAAAUUGUAUUUCUAUUUAUUUUGAGCUUUCAAAUUGAGCAAAGACAAUCUAUAUGUAUUUGGCUUCCAUUUAUUGUAUUUAAAAAAACACAUUGAAAAUAAAAACAUCACUGAGUGACACUUGAAAAUUCA